AGAUGACUCAACCAAUCGGAGACUGUUAUUUGACGGGUUCCAAGAUGUCGGCCGCCACGAUGAGAAGUUCUGUGGGAAAAUUGUUUGGGUUUUCGUCCAAAUGCCGGGGCACAGAAGGAGCUUUCCUUAUAUUCACGAGAAGAUUAAGUAGCACGCCAGCGUCAGCAGGAGGAAAGGAAAAAGAAUUCCGCCUAGAGUAUCUGGAAGGGUCCCAUGAAGGGAUAGCCUUAUUCACUUUUAACAGACCAGAAGCAAAAAAUGCCAUGAGCAAGAAUUUCUUAAAACUGUUUUUAGAAGCCCUUGCUUCCGUCAAGCAUGACAGCAAAGUGCGAGCUGUGAUUGUUAGGAGUGCUGCUCCAGGCAUUUUCUGUGCUGGGGCUGAUUUGAAGGAAAGGGCCAAGAUGGCACCUUAUGAGGUGGCACCAUUUGUAUCCAGUGCCAGGGGAGCUAUCAUGGACCUCAGUAAUCUGCCCAUGCCAACAAUUGCAGCACUUGAUGGACACGCUAUGGGAGGAGGGCUGGAGCUAGCUCUCGCAUGUGACUUCAGAGUUGCAUCCAGCAAUGCCAAGAUUGGCUUGACAGAAACUAGACUGGCUAUCAUUCCAGGGGCAGGUGGCACUCAAAGACUGCCUAGGCUUGUUGGCAUUUCCAAAGCCAAGGAACUCAUCUUCACUGGUCGAGUUGUUAGUGGGAUGGAAGCAGGCUCAAUAGGACUGGCUGACAUUGCUGUCGAUCAGAAUAAAGAGGGGGAUGCUGCCUUCCAGAGAGCUGUCAGACUAGCUGAGGAAAUACUGCCACAGGGUCCUGUAGCCAUUAGGAUGGCAAAACAGGCCAUCAACAAGGGAAUUGAGGUUGACCUAAAUACUGCUAUGUCGAUAGAAGAAAUGUGUUAUGCCCAGGUCAUUCCAACGAAGGACAGAAUUGAAGGAUUGACUGCGUUUAAAGAAAAGAGACCUCCAAAGUACACUGGGCAAUAAAAGAACUAAAUUUUCUUUUGA